AGACUUCAAUUAUCGGAGCUACAAGAGGUAGAACAGAAUGUCGGUGCUUCCGGACGAGCUGUGGACGAGAAUAAUGGAACUCGGAAUUCAGACCAAAACGCUAGAUCACAAGAACCUUUGCUGCCUCUCCAUCGCCUGCCGCCGCCUCCACCGUCUUGCCGCCGACGAUUCUCUUUGGUCGCGUCUUCUUCUGUCCGAUUUUCCGUCGUCGGCAAGGGAUUUGAAUUUUUUAAAGAAUAAUUAUAAUAGCACUAGUACCAUUAGAGAUAAUAAUUUUACCUCGUCUUCAGCUGCAAAUGUCAAUUUUAAAAGCCUCUACAGAAUCAGGUAUGAGAAGGACAGAGAACAAAAGCGGCUAGCUCAUAGGAGAGUUGUUCUACGAAUUGAGAGUGAAAUAGCUGAGCGUCUGAGGAAAAUUCAGGAGAUAGAGCUUCAGACCUCAGUGGAGAAAGAGAAAAUGAAUACCUCAGUUGCUGAGUUGCUGAAUAUUCACAAGGUCAGGCAAGCUUCUGUUGCAUUGAACGUUUGGCAGCCAGAGAUUAUCCGGGGCAGACAAAGACAGAUGAUUCAGCAAAGCAAUGUGCCUGUUGACUUUCGGAUCAGUGCUCUUGAGAUGGAGAUUAGCCUUUGCAAACAACAGAUUGCAGGGUUUGAUAAAGCACUUCGAGUAGAAAAAAGAAGGCUUGAUGAAGCUAAGGAACAGCUGGCAUCGGUGAAAUAUCAUCCGUUGCAAGAUUUUAGUAGCACUAGUUGCCAGCCGAAUGAGUGCAGGAAUAGAAGUAAAAAGCUGAAACAUACGUCAACAAUGUAAAGAUGAUGAAACAUAUGUGAUUAUGGGAAUUUUAAGCAUCUGGACGUUUUGAGGGAAAGAUCUGGGGACAGUCCCUGAGCAUAGAAGUCGGAGCAAAAUUUAGUGAAGCAGUUUUUUGACAUAUUCGUGAGUUCAGGCAAUUGCUAUAUACUGAAUUGAGCUGGGCAGCGCGAGAGUACUUCUGGCAGACGGACUCAGAUGUUCAGCUAUGCAAUGUGCCAUUACUUGGUUUGUGAUCCCUGCUCAGAUUAUGUGUAUAUGCUCGUGUGUUCGGAUACAUCAGUUGUACCACAUUAUAUACUGCCAUAUGGACUAAUUGAAACAUUUUCAUUUUGUUAAAUACAUAUUAGAGUGAUUGGGAUGUUCUGCAGAAUAUUUAUGGUCAUUUCUUAGUGGAGAUAUAGGGUGAAGAAGGAUUGUUCCUGGCGAAAGUUAGCUGGCUGCAUCUCACAUUUCCUAGAUUUUAAGCUCAGUGAUGGCUACCCAAAUGAACCCAGUAUUAGUUACAUGCGUUCUUCUAAAGUCGGGUCUAUUUACCAGUAGUUCCCAAAUGUGGACUGUUAAUUAGGCCUGUUAAUGGGCGGGUGGGUGUUUGAUCUACCCGGCCUCGAAUUUGGACCCUACAAAUAUCCAUCCUAAUUUUUUCAUACCCUAUAAAUAUAGUAUCCUUUGAGAUACCCAUAGAGGGUCUUA